AUGGUCACCGAGGAUGAGGCUCUCUUUGACCUCAGUGAGGAAGAAGCUUCACAAUUGGCUAGAAUCGGUUCUGGAUCUGCAAUUCGCUCGCUUCAUGGUGGGUUGGUUCGUUGGAAACGUGGCAUCCGGGAUGAUGGAGUGGAUUCGGUUGCCGUGAGAGUUUUCUCACCUAAAAGAUGGCUUUCGCUGAGAGCCCUGAUCUUUGUUGUGAGUGCUGAAAAGAAGGAAACUGGUUCCACGAUUGGCAUGCAGACCACUGUCGAAACGAGUAAAAUGCUACCUGCUAGAGUGGCCAGGUGUGACAAAAUGAUUGAAAGGAUGCAGAAGGCCUUUGCUAAAAGGAACUUCCCUGCCCUGGCCCGGCUGCCUCAUUCGGACGCGAUCAUUGAAGAACCGAUGAGCCCGAUCCAAAGCCCUGCAAGUGACUUCUCGUUUACGGAUGCGUUGGCAAGUCAUGCGCUCCUGGGCGCCACCGAUGAGACCCCGCCACUUAUCCUGGACCUGAUCUACAGUACUGUCGGCGCUGAGCCGUGCGUCAUUCACCAUCAGAAGAAUAGUGGAUAU